CAACAAACGCACAACACAAGGAGAAACUUGGUGUCCAGGGGAGGCCCCCGGCGGCUGCAGCGCGGCGGAGGCAGGCGCAGAGGCCGGAGGGAGCGGAGGCGAGGGGCGGCCCGAGCGCGGGGAGGGAGAGAGGCGAGCGGUCAUGUGCCCGUGCCCCCUGCACCGCGGCCGCGGCCCCCCGGCCGUGUGCGCCUGCAGCGCGGGCCGCCUGGGUCUGCGCUCGUCCGCCGCGCAGCUCACGGCCGCUCGGCUCAAGGCGCUCGGCGACGAGCUGCACCAGCGCACCAUGUGGCGGCGCCGCGCGCGGAGCCGGAGGGCGCCGGCGCCCGGCGCGCUCCCCACCUACUGGCCCUGGCUGUGCGCGGCCGCGCAGGUGGCGGCGCUGGCGGCCUGGCUGCUCGGCAGGCGGAACUUGUAGGAACGCGGGGCUUCUUGGUGGGGCCGGAGCCGAGACCCAGCCGGAGAGAGCAACAGGUUGGUGAAAACCCUGUGUCCUUGGAGAAAGCUGGUUCCCAUUUUCCUGAGGGGGAGCCCAGAGCUUGAAAGGCCGCAGUUGGCGCUUCGAGAAGGAAGUGGAGAGGCGUCUGGAGCCAUAGUAGCAACGGCGGAAAGGGACUGGGGAAGCCCUUUGCAUAUCCAGCUGCAGAAACAGACACCCCAAUGCUAUUUACAUACAGCUCUAUAUAUAAAAAAAGAAAAUAUGAAUAUUACUACUCAGUGCAUGUCUUGUCGAGGACACGGUCCCCUCCCUUUUCUGCACCUUCCCGUGUGAACUUUGAUGCUUCCGUGUCUGGGGCACCAGAAGUGAGGAUAAGCUCCUAUUUUCAGAAGUUUCUAGAAGGGCUAAAAAAAGAUGUGUGCUGGACUGAGACUUGGCUGCAAAGACUCUUCAGGGAGCAAUGAUUAUUUUUUUGCUUUCAUUAAAAAAAAAAAAAAAAACAAACCCAGGUAUUAUUCCUCUGUGCUGUGUCUCCCACACUGCCAUGUGCAAAGCUGAGAUGGUGGGGCACCAGGAUGCAGGUCACAACCCAGUCCCUAUGGACAGGGGGUCCGCUGGGCUGGUUAGCAGACACCCUUGCAGUUCUAAGGCCAGCAGGGGGAUCAGCCGUUGUUAAGGUUGACAUGGGGCUGAAUUAUUCCCCACAGGCUUUGUUGAAAAUUACCAGGUCCUUUAGAAUGUAGGACCUUUUAGUGCUGUUGCAAGCUGGGAGCUGUCUUUCUUUCUUUCUUUUAUCCAUGCCUUAUGUUUUCCUAAAUGGCCCUUUAAAGAAAAAUGUAACCCAAAGCUGCUGCAGGUGAGGGCGGUCCCCCCACCCCCACCCCCAGACAGCUUGUUGAGAAGGAAAGCUUGUUGAUAGAGAACUUGCUUCCUUUCCUCGAGGGAUCCCUCCCCACAGUUAUGUUUCCAGGGGAUGGGUGUGCAGGCAGCGUCUGCCCAGAGCAGCACGCGACAUCCCCACCAAGCCGCGAACUUAGAGAAGGCAAAUUAAUUAGAAUGAUAUGAAACACAGUCUCUGCUUCUGUAUCAUCAGUUUCUAAGCCAGACACUAGAGUCUUUCCAACUCACCCCAUUUUCUGGGGAGGGGGUUUCCAUUCCUAUAAUGAUAUGUGGUCACGGCUCUCUGCUGCUGUAAGCCUGUACCUUCUACGUGGCAGUGGGGCCAUGCUGCCCAUCUAGACACAGGGGAACGGGGGAAGGUCAGAGAAUCCCUUUUUCAACCCUGACUUGCCUACUAGCUCAUGACAUUUCCACUGGAGGAUCCAAACUCCAAAUGCCGGGGUUGGUAUUUGGGGCAAUUUUGAUUUCAAUGAAGCCGCACUGCUGAGAGACCUGGGCACCCAUGACCCUCCUGAUGGAGCUUUACAGCCAAGUCCCUUGUACAUAGUCUCUUGUAUUAAUAGAAACUGUGUAUUUACCUAAUCCCGGCUUUUUUCUUGCACAUCAUUAAUUUGAGUGCACUUCUCGACUGCCCCGAUUUUUGACAAGGGGUUGUUUUUAAUGCUUGUUUUUAUAUGAGAUUUGACUUCUUGAUGGACAUUUGUAUUAGGAAAUUGAAGCAUGAUAUAUAUGUCUAUAUUGUCUCCACCGUCUCUGAGGCUGCAUUACUUGGAUUGCAUGAGAUAGUGGGGUGGUGUAUUUUUUUUUUUAAAUAUUUCCACAGUGUGCAAAGUGCUGGCACCAUCCCUCCCUCUCUCCCCCGCUUUUCUCCGGCUGCCAAGGAGUCAUUGAUUUUGAUUAGCUUCACUGCAGAGCGUCUGUGAAGAGAGGGAGAGGGAGGGAGGCUUUGAAAUAAAUUUUAAAAAAGACCUCAUAUCGGGUUUCAGCAGACAGCAGUGUGUGUGUGUGUGUGUGUGUGUGUGUGUGCGCGCGCGCAUGUGUGUCAGUGCAAAGCAGAGGGAGGCCUCUGAGAUCAUCGUUUAGGUAGGUUGCUGCAUAAUGAGGUGAGGAGCAAACAGAAGGGCCUCCUUCCUGAUGGUGCUCGUUUGCUCUCAGAGGGUGGGGGGUCCAGGAGCCACAGGGAUUGGAGCCUCCUGGGGCUUCAACAUUCCCACUCCAAAUUAGAUCCAUUCCCUCCUGGAAGCUUCUCUCCCCUACCCCAGCCCCCAUUAGCAAAUAAGAUCUCUUAUCCCCAUUUCAAAUUUAGGGUUCCACUUCACAUUCCUUCUGGCACAGACAUAGCCUGAGUAGCAAGUUUCUAGGGGGGAAGCCCAUUUGCCUCUCUAGCUGCUGUCCAUGGUCCUAGGCCACGAGCAUCUCCUGGAACCCAGUCUCCCCCUUCCCGCCACCUUUCAUUGGGAUACUGGAGACUUCUUUUCCACUUCUUCCAGUGUCUCAUUUAAGAAAUUCUUUCCUCUUUUAACAAGAAGAUGGUGAUUUAAACAAUACUGUCACAGAACGAUGGAACUGUGACUUUGGUUUCAUAAUUUAUGUAGCUGAUCUCAUGUACUAUUAUCAUGUUUCUGACAGUGAUAAAAUAUCACUUCCCCUAGCUGGGAAAUUGGAGGAGCCUUCUUCUGAUCCCACACAGGUAUCUUUUGGGGACACUGGUUUGCCACUGUGGGCGUUUUGAGUGUCCGCCUGGUAUCAGAAGCUGCAGUGACCAGAACACAGGUUUUGCUCUUCUGUGUUGAUUCCAUUUCUUUUUCUGGAUCUUCCCUUAAGUCAGCCUGGGCCAACUGCAGAGUCAGAAGCUGCCUGGGAGGUGCGGGGGGUGGGGGGGACAGGCUAGACACCCUGGCCUAGUCCCAUAGGAGCUGAUGGAGGAUAUGGGUGUCAAAGGCACCAUUUUAAAGCUCAAACCAAAAGGUUCUUUUUUAAAAUACUAAUACCUACUUAUCGAGCACCUGCAGCGUGCCCAGUUGUAGAAUCCGGUCUGGGAAGAAACUCAGGUACGCAGCGUGGAGGGACAGCUCAGCUUGGCACCAGACAAUGUUAACUGUCCCUUUCCAGUCUGGUUCACAGUCAGGUCUGUCAGGUCAUACCCGUGAUCCCAAGCCUUGCUGGCAGAUUGUUCUAUAGUAUUUAUAUUUACUGAGCAUCAUACUAUCAUGAAGGCAAUUAAAAAGCCUGUGAUCUUAACUCGCUCCCAGCACGCAAAGACUGGUUCUUGCUGCUUCACAGAAUAAUGAAAGGCGUGCUCACCACCCCUGAGCACUGUGCUGAGUGUUUUACGUGUUUCCCCUCAGUUAUUCCUCACACCCACUCUGGAAGACAGUAGUUAUGAUUCCCAUUUUACAGGUGAGGAAGCUGAGACUCAGGGAAGUUUUGCAACUUAGCCUAAGGCCACACACAGAGAGUGAGGUGGCUGAGCCAAGAUUUGGACUCAGGUGUGUGUGACCCCCCCGCCCCCCCCCCAAGCCCAUGAGCUAACUGCCCUGCCACACUGGACUCCCUCCUGAGCUGGCCUUACUAGUUCAAGGACAAGCACAGCCUGGGGUCCAGCAGGGAGCAAGGGAGCCUGACUUAGGCCCACUGUAAGGAGUGUUGCAUUUGGGGGAUGCUCCAGGACAGGCUGGAUGGUUUAGGUGGGGGUUUUAUGUAUUUGUUCCCUGCCUUUUGUGUCCUUAAUAUCUAUAGGUCCCUGGGAGAAGCGUCUAAUUGGCAAACAGGGCCUGUUCAGCUGACUUCUUAGGACAUGGGAAGCUUUUCUUACCUCCCCUACCUGAACCCUUAAGUUCCUCCCCCCCAAGUUCUUUGCACUGUAAGUGCCCAGGAGCCUGUGUGUGUAUGUGGCAGGGAUGGUCAUGGGGGUGUCUGGAACCUCAGUGAGGCCUCUGGCUCAGCCAGAGAGGCAAUAAGUUUGGGAGCAUUCCGUUCUGGGCUCUAACCUUGCUGGUUUGUUGUGCUCUUUUGUAAGAGGAAUUUCAUACCUUGGAGACGCUUUGUACAUAUUUGUAAUGACUUUAUUAAAAAACUGUUUGUGCACUUCCA